AUGAUCACAUCCAUCAAAAUAGAUCUGCACCUGACAUACCAGCCCCUGUCGAUGUUCCGGUGGCAACUGUACACCGCGCAGGCCAUGAGGUCCCGGUGGACGUCGUUCAUGGGCUCCGACCUCAUGGAACAGGACGACGACGAGCAGGAUCUGCUCAAAGAGACAUUCCUCGAGACGUCGCCCAUACUGUUAGGCCUGACGGUGUUGGUGUCCAUCACGCACAGCGUGUUCGAGUUCCUGGCCUUUAAAAACGACAUCCAGUUCUGGAAGAACCGGCGCUCCCUGGAGGGCCUGUCGGUGCGGUCGGUGUUCUUCAACGUGUUCCAGUCGGUGAUAGUCUUGCUGUACGUGUUGGACAACGACACCAAUAUGGUCAUCAAGUUCUCGGUGGGCAUCGGGCUGUUGAUC